AGUUCCUAGAAUUCCGCGCUUUGACAACGGUGUGGGACGGUACUUUGGCUGUGUACGGAAAAAUUUGUCAUCUGCAACUUACGUUGGGAGCGAUAUACCUUGUUAGGUGGAAUUCCUGUGUUGUGGAAAGAAAAUAGUUUUUAUUCAUGGAAAAACAAUUGCACUUAAAUUUAUUGGCAACUAGACCGCCUAUGGCAGGUGGUCUGCAGUCCGGAUCCAGAAUGCGAAUGGGACCUGGAAGGAAGAAAGACUUUUCUCCCCUGCCCUGGAAUAAGUACUUUGAAGCAAUGGAUGAUGUGGAAGUGCAAAAUGACAGUAGCAGAGAUACUUUUCGUGUUUACAGCAGCGGCUCACAAGGGCCUGUUCUUCUGCUGUUACAUGGUGGUGGGCACUCUGCCCUCUCAUGGGCCGUGUUCACAUCUGUAAUCUGUGCUCGGAUCAGCUGCAGAGUGGUGGCCAUGGACCUCAGGGGACAUGGAGAUUCAAAAGUAAAAAACCCUGAAGACCUUUCAGCAGAAGCCAUGGCCAAGGAUGUUGGAAAGGUGGUUGAAGCACUAUAUGGAGAAAAUGCUCCACCAAUCAUGAUUAUCGGCCACAGCAUGGGCGGGGCAAUAGCUGUCCAUACGGCAGCAGCCAAUCAUGUGCCGUCUUUAAUAGGCCUUUGUGUGAUUGAUGUGGUUGAAGGCACAGCUAUGGAUGCCUUGAACAGCAUGCAGAAUUUUUUGAGAAGUCGACCAAAAACCUUCAAGUCACUAGAGAAUGCUAUUGAGUGGAGUGUGAAAAGUGGGCAGAUCCGAAACAUGGAGUCUGCACGUGUCUCCAUGGUGGGACAAGUCAAGAGGUGCGAGGAGCCUGUUUCCAGUCCUGGGGUAUCAAAGUGCAUAGUUGAAGGAAUUAUUGAGGAAGAUGAGGAGGAUGAAGAUGGAGGCGAAUCUGAUCACAAAAGAAAGAAGGAGGAUGACCAAGAGUGUUGUGCACAGGUGAAGAAGGAGUGUUUGUUCACCUGGAGGAUUGAGCUCUCUAAGACUGAGAAGUACUGGGAUGGCUGGUUCAGAGGUCUCUCGGCCCUCUUCCUCAGUUGCUCCAUUCCCAAACUGCUUCUUCUGGCAGGUGUUGACAGACUGGACAAAGAUUUAACAAUUGGACAGAUGCAAGGAAAAUUCCAGAUGCAGGUUCUUCCCCAGUGUGGCCAUGCGGUUCACGAGGAUGCACCUGAAAAAGUAGCAGAUGCCCUGGCAACUUUCAUGAUUCGUCAGAAGUUUACAGAGGCCAAAGAGGGAUUCCAGUGUGUGUUGCCAGGUUGCUAAUAGUUCCUGAACCAAGUAACUGAUGCCACUGUGACAUCCCCAUGCCUUGGCUCAAUCUAGCCACUGCAGCACAGCCUUAGAUUUGGAGAAGAUUUCCAUCAUCCCAUGCUCAUCGCUAGAUGGAAAGACAACCAGUACCAUGCAGACAUUUCAGCUACAAAUGUUCAGAGAUCUUAAAUGGGGAAAAAUAAUUUAUAAAGUCAUUGCUGUUAUUUUAAUAUGAUUAUUGUUAUUGUUAUGACAAUGAAUUAGACCCUGUAGUGCCAUAUGCUUACUCCGGUUUUUGCCUUUGUAUGAAUGCAGGGAUUACUUUGCUUAUUCCUCAUCCUCUCUAUUUUCCACUUUGCAGUGUCUUGUCAUUUUUAUUUUAUUUUUUGUGUUCUGUUGCAAUUGGUGAGUCUUUAUGCAUUUUUCAUAGUUGGUUUUUAAGAAGAAAAAGACAAAAUACUGUAUAAAAUUAUGAAUAAAAGUUAACUCAUUUGGAGCCACCCCUGAAUUUUCAGGAUCUUGAAGUCUUUCCCAUGAAACAGAUUUCAGAUGGCGAGAGCCUUUAGUGCAGUAUUUUCACCAAAAGAGAGCACCAGACAUCUGUAGAAUUUGUGUUUCUAUAUAAUUUUACAGUGUGACGUUGGCCUCAGUGUAAUGCACUAAAGGCUUCAUAUACAGAAGAAAGCACAUCCGUUUUAAUAAAGUGGAAACUCUAGAAUUCCUUUUUGAGUUGUAUAGCAAAAGAAAGUACCAAAACAGUAUUGUUAUCUUUUGUAAAGACUUGUUGUAUCGAACAUUGUCCAUUUAUGUUGAAGUAGCGGAAAAUAGAAAAAGUCAAAUGAAAAACUACCUAGUUGCUUCAAACACUAUGUGCAAAAACCAAGUUAACGAUGUGAUAAUGGUAUGGUAUCUAAUUUAUACCUUUAUGUAACACUGUUGAGUAAACCAAGAAAUUGCAAAUGUUAAAAUAAACUGCCAUGUGGACUGUU